AUGAGCCCUGCCGCUCCGGUUCCGCCUGACUCUGCCCUGGAAAGUCCUUUUGAGGAAAUGGCCCUGGUGAGGGGCGGCUGGCUGUGGAGACAGAGCUCCAUCCUCCGCCGCUGGAAGCGGAAUUGGUUCGCCCUGUGGCUGGAUGGAACCCUGGGCUACUACCACGAUGAGACUGCGCAGGAUGAGGAGGACCGCGUGCUCAUCCGCUUCAACGUCCGAGACAUAAAGAUAGGCCAAGAGUGCCACGAUGUGCAGCCCCCAGAGGGCAGGAGCCGAGAUGGCCUGCUGAUCGUGAACCUACGAGAGGGCGGCCGCCUGCACCUGUGUGCAGAGACCCAGGAUGAUGCCAUAGCAUGGAAGACGGCACUGCUGGAGGCGAACUCCACCCCGGCCCCAGCUGGAGCCACCGUCCCUCCCAGGAGCCGCCGGGUUUGCCCCAAGGUCAGGUGUGUGACCCGCUCGUGGAGCCCCUGUAAGUUUGAGAGGCGGAUCUGGGUGCGCAUCUACAGCCCGUACCAGGACUACUAUGGGGUGGUGCCCCCCAACGCUCACGAGGCCACAUAUGUCCGCAGCUACUAUGGACCAACCUAUGCUGGCCCCGGCGUGACGCACGUAGUGGUCCGGGAGGAUCCUUGCUACAGCGCGGGUGCCCCCCUGGCCAUGAGCAUGCUUGCGGGAGCCGCCACAGGUGCAGCACUCGGCUCGCUCAUGUGGUCGCCCUGCUGGUUCUGA